AUGGCGGCAGCUGAUGCCAAGUGUAUGGGGUUCAUCACACUGUGCGAAUCAAGGAGAGAGACCAGUUGUUUGAGCAGUGGGGAAGACUCACUUUUUUCUAGCCAGCUAAGAUCUCAGGAUUGGUUUUAUAUUAGCCAGUGCUUUGAAAGCCACUCUUUGUGCUCACUAGGAAAAGAUGAGCCAUAUGUCAAAGCUCUUACUAGUAUGAGAGAUCAGGAGCAAGGGGCUCACCAAGAGAGGCUUACAAAAGAGAAGCUGCUUAGACUGCUGUUGAAAGCAGAAGAGGACUUGUCUCGCAUUUUUAAAGAGUUUCUCUCUGAAUAA